AUGCGCGGGGAGCUCAAGAUCGCAGACUUUGGCUGGAGUGUGCACGCCCCCCACAACCGGCGGCGCACGCUGUGUGGCACGCUGGACUACCUGCCCCCGGAGAUGGUGGAGGGGCGCGACCACGACAGCAGCGUGGAUGUGUGGGGCCUGGGUGUCCUGACCUACGAGUUCCUGUUUGGCGCGCCGCCGUUUGAGGCGGCCGGCCACCAGGAGACGUACCGCCGCAUCGUGCGCGUCGACCUGCAGCUCCCGGAUGCGCCUCGCGUCAGCGACGGCGCGCGUGACUUUGUGCGGAAGCUGCUGGUUAAGGAUGUGUCGGCGCGCAUGCGUAUGGAGGACAUACCCAAGCACGCCUGGAUCCGGACCACUGCCGACCCCAAGGCCCUCGCGUGA